AUGGAUCGUCCAGCAGGGUCUGUUCAACCAGGGCUCGAAGUAGGCACCCACUACGACAACACUCCUAUAGCCAUCGCCAACGGAGCAAAUCACUGGCAGUCUGCCUCACAGAACGGCUCAGGUUAUAGUGAGCACAAGCCGUUGGACAAUGGCUACUCUUCGCAAGCCCCUGGAAGCCAUGUUGGAGGACAGGAGGAACAGCGGCCGGCUCGGCGAUUCCCAUGGUGUAUCGCGAUCAUUGUGGCUCUAGUCGUUUUGGUCCUUGGAGGUGUUAUCGGAGGCGUGGCCGCGUGGAGAGUGACGGCAAAUCGGAGCGAGCAGUCACGGACGGGUAGUCAAGGGUCGGGAGACGGCGAUACGCCAUCGACGAGCGCCACCAAGAUCAUGCAGAAUUCGGCUGUAUCUGCUGUCGGAUGGCGAUACGGAUCCGACAUUACCCUGCAAGUCUUCUUCCAAGGCACGGACGGUUCAUUGAGAAGGUCUCAGUACAUGACCAUCUACCAAGCCUGGACUCCCCCGAUGGAAGCUGGUGCGGCCCCCAAGGUCGGCUCUCCUUUCGGCGCCGGUCAGCUAUGGACCAAGCCCGAUGAGCCCUUGCCUGUCAUCCCGCAGUCUGAAGUCUUCUAUGUUGGAUCGCCAGACAAGAUCCUGGGCGUCAAUUGGCGUGAAGGAUUCUCAAGAGGGGGCCUGACAGACAGCGUCAAUGAGGCAGGUUACACCAUCAGCAACACGGGCACACAGAUGGCAUCGUAUUGGCCGUCUACCAUUGUCCAGGCAAGCAACGGAGACGUUAUGGAGGUAUUCUUCGAUUACAAGUCGCCCAGGUUC